AUGCCAGAGCCAAUGCGCCCAAUCAAGUAUAUCGUCGCCGUCGGUGACCCCCGAGACGGGGGCAUGACUUCCGAGUACAACUGGGACGAAGAAGGACCCGUCUCCCUCUUCGAUAACACGCAGCCCGUGAACCCGGAGAAUUUCGUUGCCUGGGCCAAAUUCCAUCAUGAACGACAACGCGCGCUCCUGCAUCAUCUGCAAGAAGAAGGCCGGCGCUCUGGUGUACCUUGGAUGCCAGGAAGGUUUCCCGACGAAGGUGCUCCCAGCGAGCUAACGGCUUGGGCAAUAGGAGGCAAGGAACCGACGAUCAUCGACUUUGCAGCCCCAGUCUGCAUCGCAACCGGAACGUGCCACACGCAAGCAAGUAAGCAACUCCGUGAGGCCUUGGAACACGCGCCGGGUAUCGAGAUCUUGAAGCCCGGCUUGAAGAGCUGCGCGGUUUGCGGUCAGAGCGACACGGUCAAGCCUUGCAGUGGGUGUCGGGAUUUCGCAUACUGCUCAAAAGAGUGUCAAAAAACGCACUGGCCGUUCCACAAGAAACAUUGUCGGCACGUCCAGGCUGUGAAGGCUGCAACGGAGGCUGGUAGCAUGACCGCCGCGGCAUUGCUGAACUUGUGA